AAGAACUUGCAACAAAAAUUCUUAUAACAAUUUCCCAAGAUCAAAACAAUGGAUAACAAUUUGAAUAACUUCCCAUUUCCACCACCACCAUUACCACCAUCUUCCUCUGAGCACAGUUACACCAUAGUAAUAUUUGUUUUCUCAACGUUCGGUUGCAUUUUACUUGGCCUAGCUAUUCUUGCUUUCUGCUCAUACUUUUUGAAGAAAAAGAAGAACACAAUAAUAGUUGAAGAGAAAGAAGUGAAACACAUUGAUGAUCAUCUUAAAAUCAAGGAAGCAAUUGUUGAAGGACCUCAUGGGAAACUUGAGACUAUUGUACUCUCUGUGGAAGAAGAUAUGCAUGAAAAGGAUGACAUUAUAAGGACAAAGAAAGAAAUAGAAGAAGUUCAUCAUCAUAACUUAUUGCAUGCUAAUAAUAAAUCUUCAAUAAUUACACCUUGAAGCUGGCCAUAGACAAACUUGAGCAUCAUCAAUUCAUCAUUUUUUAUUUUUAAAAUAAAUGACAAUAAGUGUGGAACAAGUUACUAAUGGUAUAAAUUAAAGUUAUAACUA